ACAUAUAGUGAAAAAAACUUAUAGUAUACUGUACAUGGUCCCUUUUAUAUAAAAAAAAACAAAAAAACCCUGUGAUCACAACACACAUGUUGGGAGAGUAAUCCAGGAGUUUGACAGCCAACACAGUCUCCGGAGGAGGAGAAGCGACCACCAUCAACAUGCUCUUCACCUCGGAGAGCUCCUGCAACAUCACAAACUGCACAAACUGCUGCACAAACUUUACGCAUGAGACCCCCGGGAACAUCAGCAACGACACUGACCCGUUCGGACGCAACGAGGAGGUGGCCAAGCUGGAGAUCACCGUCCUGAGCCUCGCCUUUGUCGCUGCAGUGGUGGGCAACGUGAGCGUCCUGCUGGCCAUGUACAACACCCGUCGGAAACCGUCGCGCAUGCACCUGUUCAUGAAGCACCUGAGCCUUGCGGACCUGGUGGUGGCCUUCUUCCAGGUGCUGCCUCAGCUCUGCUGGAAGAUCACCUUCCGCUUCACGGGUCCGGACGCCCUGUGCCGCGUCGUGAAGCACCUGCAAGUGUUGGGCAUGUUCGCCUCCACCUACAUGAUGGUGAUGAUGACCCUGGACCGCUACAUCGCCAUCUGCCACCCGCUGCAGACGCUCCAGCAGCCGACGAAGCGCGCACGCAUCAUGAUCGGCUCCACGUGGGCGUGCAGCCUGGUCCUCAGCAUCCCGCAGUACUUCAUCUUCUCCCUGAGCGAGGUGCAUCCAGGAUCAGAGGUGUAUGACUGCUGGGGACACUUCGUGGAGCCUUGGGGGCUGCGCGCCUACAUCACCUGGAUGACGGCCGGCAUCUUCCUGGUGCCCGUGGGCGUGCUUGUGUUCUGCUACGGACUCAUCUGCCUCGCCAUCUGGACGAACCUGAAAUAUAAGACCCGCAGGAAGAGCGUGGGGGAGGCCACCACCAAGAACGGGAUCCUGAUGGGCGGCAGCAGCUCGGUGAGCAGCGUCAGCACCAUCUCUCGUGCCAAAUUACGCACGGUGAAGAUGACUUUCGUGAUCGUGCUGGCGUACGUGGUGUGCUGGGCGCCAUUCUUCACCGUGCAGAUGUGGUCGGUGUGGGACAAGACCUUCUCCUGGGUCGACUCGGAGAACACCACGGUGACACUGUCCGCCCUGCUGGCCAGCCUCAACAGCUGCUGCAACCCCUGGAUCUACAUGAUCUUCAGCGGACACCUCCUCUCCGACUUCGUCAGCAGCCUGCCGUGCUGCCGCCCGCUGAAGAACAAGUUCGGCUACCAGGACUCGGACAGCAGCAUCCGGCGGACCACGCUGCUGUCCCGCCUGCAGGGUCCGCGCCUCUCGGAGCCGUUCAGAGACCUCAACCCGCCCCCUAAGACCUGCCUGCAGGUCCCGUCUGCAUCCUGACCGCUGGGAACACUACCUGUGCGUGUCUGCUUUGCUAAGGCGACAACAUGAACUGCUGGUUUGUGGCAGGGAAGGAAGGUCUGAUCUCAUAUCACGCCUACAGCUUGUUUUCUUUGGUCCGAUCCAGAAUGGAAAAGUUUACUCUGUUGCAACGUUUGGUGUUUGUUUCUUUUGUGUCACGCAGCUGUUAGAAAAAGAGUUUCCAGUCUGCCGGGUUGGAGAUUUUGGAGGUUAAACGGAGUCAAAACAAACUUCUUUAACUUCAGCUCAUAGCAUCAUGGUCUUGCUGUAUUUUAACUUCUUUAGAAUAAGAGCAUCUGUUCACACUGAGAUUAAUUUUGUCAACAUACAUGUCUUUAUACACAUGGACCCUGGUGUUGUCGGGUUGUUUACUACAGAUUUUGAGAUUAUAACUUGGUAAAACGAAGAUAAUUUCUACAACAUUAUGACUGUUGAGCUGGUUAUGAAUAUGAUUUGGGCGUGACGACUGAUGGGACCGAGUUGGACCGGGUCUGUUCCAGUCUGGUCGUCACACACUGAAAAAAAUCAUUCAGUGUGUGAUAUGUAAGGAGUCUAAUCUGUCUUCAGGUCCAGUCGCUGCCAGUCGCUUUCAUAAAGAGUUGUUAAAACAUGUUUGAUAUUCAAUACUACCAUCAUACUGUAUAUCAGACUAAUCCAAAUUUGCAGCGUUACACACAAAUGCACAUAAAUGUAUUACAGCACAGUCACAACACUUUUAAAAAAAAGGUACUAUUUAAUUAUCAAUUAAUCUGCCAGUUAUUUACUUGAUAAUUGAUU